UAAGUACACCUACGUCGAAUAUUGGCGUAGAUGGUGUAAUCCUGAUUGUCUAUGUAACUUAAAUAAAUUUUGAUUAUUUUUAAUAUUAUUUGUUUUUUUUUUGUUUUACAGGGGUCAUAAUAUCACUUUGAUUAGUGCGUUUCCCCCGGAUUUCCAUAUCGAGGGCUUGGAAGAGAUAGCACCUGAUCAUGUGGCGAGAUACGUCGGAAAUUUCAUGUCCUGGGACCUGGUCGGUGCUAGGAUGAGAGGAGAAGAGCCACUGCCGCCGCUGGACAUCAUGAGAUACCCCUAUGAGGUUUGCGACGUGUUCUACAGCGAUCCUGAGACUAGAUCCUUCCUUAGAUCAGGAAGGAGCUACGAUCUUAUAGUGUUGGACGGGGCGUUUCCUGAAUGCGCCAUGGGCGUCGUAUAUCGGAUGAAACUGCCUUUCAUAUUCAUCAACACAGUUGGAUUUUACACCAUGGCAUUCAGCAACUCUGGCAGUCCAACUCCUUAUUCAGUGACACCUUUCUUUGGCAAAGCCUUUACGGAUAGUAUGAACAUUGUGGAUAGAGCGUUGAAUUUCGCAUGGCAUGCGAUCGCGUAUACAGCGCAUGGUGUUUCAAUGAUGGUGCUGCAAGGAGUUCUGAGGAAGCAUUUUGGACCGCAGAUCCCGCAUGUUUAUGAUACUACGAAGAACGUGAGCUUCAUCCUUCAGAAUGGACAUUACUCUGUGACAUAUCCAAGACCUUAUUUACCUAAUGUUGCUGAAGUGGCGUGUAUACAUUGCAAGGAUGCGAAGCGAUUGAGUCCUGACUUGGAAGAAUGGAUCUCUGGAGCAGGCAACGCUGGCUUCGUAUACGUAUCGAUGGGUUCGUCGGUGAGGACAUCCAGUAUGCCGUUGUCCGUUCAUCGUAUGUUCGUGGAGGCUUUGGGGAGACUACCGCACAGAGUACUAUGGAAGCAGGACGCUGAGCAGAACAUGACUGAUAUACCAUCAAACAUUAGGCUGUACAAGUGGCUACCACAACAAGAUUUACUUGGUCAUCCAAAAAUAAAGGCGUUCGUCACUCACGGUGGUCUUCUGAGCAUGUUCGAAACUGUUUACCAUGGUGUUCCUAUAAUCACUAUUCCUGUAUUUUGUGAUCAUGAUGCCAACGCUGCUAAAGCUGAAGUGGAUGGUUAUGCUAAAAAGCUAGAAUUGAGACAACUCACAUCUGACAAACUAUAUAAAGCAAUUACAGAAGUAAUUAAUGAACCGAGAUAUAAAAUAGAGGUUAAUAAAAGGCAAGUACUUCUGAGAGAUCAAAAAGAAACUCCUUUAGAAAGAGCAGUGUACUGGACGGAAUAUGUAAUCAGACAUAAAGGUGCUUACCACUUGCAAUCGCCGGCGAAAGAUUUGAAUUACUUCCAAUAUUACAUGAUAGAUGUCGCUGUUAUAUUAAUUAUAGUGAUGCUCGUAGUAUUCGCAAUAUCAUCUUACGCGUUGAGAUUUUUGUUCAAGAAAUUAGUGGGUUACGUUCUAAAUAAAGAAUUGUCGAUGAACUCAAAUAGUUUCCUGAAACGGUCUAAGAUUUUAAUGGAUACAGCGACGAUGUCAAAGAAGGAACUGUAAAGUUGAAAUAUACCAAAAUUUGUUAUCUUAAGUUACCAUUUCAAGUUACCAUAAGAGAUUGAAUACAAAUAAUGGAAGUACACGAAUAAAAAAGUGAUAAUAAUGUAAAUAUAUAAAAUGUAAGUGUAGAAAGUAGUUUAGUGAUUAGUUGUUACAAAAGACAAGAAAAUUACAAAUAUAAAGUAAUUUUGCUCAUGUAAGUACUUUAUUAUUUAAAUUAAAUGAGCGAGGAUAUAUUGUAAAAUAUUAAAGAAAGUUUUUUAUUUGAGUUGUUAUUUUAUUAAUGAUUUAAUAAAUUUGAAAAAAUACUUAAGAACUUACCAGUUCCAGGUGCCCUAGAUGGGUUUUGAACCUCCAACCUUCUACAAUUUAGGCGAAUGCUC